CAUCAACAGUCAUAGAGAUGCUGAAUAUAAACUCGACAAAUCCUCUAGGUCAGAAGUGGGAGUUCGUGGACGUCGAUAAACCAGUCAAAGAACAAGAUGCAGCCACCCGGAGGCGCGUCAGAGUUGGUGCAAUGCGAGCAUUUAGGCGGAGACAAAGGCUGCAACAGCUCGACGUGUUUCAAUCUACUCGGCCUUCUGAUCCAACCCGUGAUCUCGAAUCCGAACUUGAGCAGAGUUCAAGCUAUGUCAGUUUGGAUCAAGCCUCCACGACUUGUACCGAUUUGGCCCAACCAAUAGAGCAGAAUGACGCUCGUGAGACAUUGAGGAAUCUUGAUCCCGCCGGCACAAAAUCAGUCGGUCUGAGCCAAGAGCAGCAUUAUCUGCUGAAUCAUUUCAAUUUACUUCUUUGCCACAGACCAUUCCGAUUCCCCCCCAAAACGGAUAACCGUGUCGGAGCUUUAUGGUUUCAUCAAGCCUUGGAAGAUCAACUCCUUCUUGAAGCAACAUUGCACAACGCUGCCGUGCAUCUCGACGGUCUCUACAAACGACAAGCAAGUACUCAAGCACUGAGGCAUAAAGCGAACACUAUCCGACUCGUGAAUGAAUGUUUAAAGUCUCCAGAUGGCGUCAGUGAUUCCAUCAUUGGCGCUGUGGUUCUGAUGGCUUGGACUGCGAAUUACAAUGGCAACCUCCCAGAGAUGCAGCUUCAUUUAGAUGGAUUGGCACGCAUGGUUCGUAUACGCGGAGGGCUAAAAACAUUGGGACUCGGCGGGCUCCUGCAUGCUCUUGUAACAAGGUUAGAUCUCAUUGCCGUCACAUUGACGAAUUCGAAGCCACGAUUCGCCGCACUUGGAGAAAGCGGGUUCAUCGACACCUCUGCGUCUGGCGGCGUAGCUUGUGUUCUACUGGAGUCCAUGGAAGGUGUUCUUGCACCACUCUCCGUCAUUUUCAAGAAUAUUCGGCAUCUUCUAGCUCUGCAAGAUAGCUUCGCAUCCGACCAUGGAGAUUCAGAUCGUACUAUAUUGUUUGUGGAGAAAAGAUCAUUCAUCUUUAACAGAUUGCUCUCUACCCAAAAAUCCAAAUCUCCACCGACUGAAAAAGCUCAUACAUAUCUGUAUGAACCUUGCCGCAUAGCAGCACUGAUAUUCAUGGAGUAUGCACUUGCUCGAGACACCCCGAACCAAAACAUGUUGCGAAAACUUUGCGAAAAUUUACAAUCCUCCUUUCGGACAACGACCAAAACGGCAGAACUUCAGCAAUUAUGGGAUCAAGACCUGUCAUCUCUAAAAGUUCUUCUCUGGGUAUAUUACAUUGGCGGAAUGGUUGCCACAGAGUCCCUGGAUAGGGAGUGGUUUUCAUACCGCACCGCUCGAUGUAUGAUGAGCUUGGGGUUUCAUGAGUGGUCAGAAGUCGAAUCAUGUCUGUUGGAACUCCUCUGGACGGACAUGAUGCAUGAUCAAGCCUGCACGGGUCUCUGGGAACAAGUCCAGCAGCAACUUAGGGGCUCAUUGAUUGCGUAAAGCUUUGCAUGCGUCAUCAAUCAUCUCAACGUCGUCAGAGAUCUGUUUUUGGCCAUCUGUGCCUCACUGCAAUAAUGCUCUCCCGUGUUAUACAAUACGCGGUCCAUCGAGUGUUGUGCUGCUGACUGCAGGUGCGUGGGCAUGGUCAUGGUCAAGCCUUGUUCGAGCUGUUCUAGGCCUAGCCUAAUGCGGUGGUCACUGGGCUUGGCAUUUUCCAAGAGGUUAAGCGACCUACCUCUAACCGCGGUUAAAAUUUUGAGUUUGUCGUACCUGCAUACUUGGAAGGCUGAAUUCCAUGGAUUGCUCGAUUGAAGAGGCCUUGAAAUUGAUAUUAUAUGCACAAAUCGUGUUCUUGUCAAAUCACACUGUUUAUUGGGGGAAAGGUGCAGCGCCCUCGGCCCGAAGCUCGGCUAGGAUAGGG